GUCAAGGAAAGAAAUAAACAUUACCGCUAAACAAGUAAUUCACCAAAGAGCAGUGUUUUGACAGGCUUGCACAGUUGUUGUCCGCAUAGUGUUUCAAGAGCUGAAUUAUUAUUAGUAUUAGUGGGUGUGCUCUCGAGACAACCAAUCGCGCGCUUCUGUCAUCGCAACGCAACGACCGUAUUGAGUUCACCAAAUCACUUCAAGUUACGAUUGAUAGCAUGGCGGCUAAUGUUGGGGGCGUGCGGGAAAGUUGGGAGAUUUAAACAACUUCUAAAAUAAUAUCACUAAAUCCAGUACUAAUGGACGAAAUAUGUGUCGUGUAAUGUGAAUGAUCAGCACCGCUACAAGUCCAGCGCGUAUGUUACUUUUAAAUAUGGCUAACGUUACUCGAGAGACCAGACAAUACCGACGGGCCACGAUGAUAAUCAAGCAAGAGCAGGACGACGAUUCUGACGCGGAGGAGUCGACUAUUUCGUUUAAGAAAUCAGAAGGACGCGAGUCGCAGAUCAUCCACAGCGGUCAUUUUAUGGUUUCUUCUCCUCAUACUGAUCACCCGCCAAAGAAAGGUUACGAUUUCGACACUGUAAAUAAACAAACAUGCCAGACGUAUCACUUCGGAAAGACUAGCACGUCGCAUCUCUCUAUUGAUGCUUCCCUGACGAAGCUCUUUGAGUGCAUGACGCUUGCCUACAGUGGAAGGUUGGUGUCACCAAAAUGGAAGAAUUUCAAAGGUCUCAAGCUUCUGUGGAGAGACAAGAUUCGCCUCAACAACGCCAUUUGGAGAGCCUGGUAUAUACAAUAUGUAGAGAAGAGACAGAACCCUGUUUGCCAUUUUGUCACUCCUUUAGAUGGCAAUAUGGACUCAGGAGUACAUCGACCGACAGAGGCAAUAGCAACAGAAGGAAAGUACUGGAAAAGGAGAAUUGAAAUUGUCAUAAGAGAAUAUCAUAAAUGGAGAACAUAUUUCAAAAAAAGAUUACAGAAGCACAAAGAUGAAGACCUGUCCAGCCUUCUCAAGGGGGCAGAGGAACAGUUUUCACUCUUUGGGGAAGUGUGUCCAGACACCUGCCGUGUCCUCUUGUGCCAGGAUGAGGAUUUCAGUGUGGGAGGCCGUCAUAGAUCCCGAAAGAGUCAUGAUUCACCUGUUCCAAUGGAGAUGGACUCGCUCUUCGACAUGGAUGUGCUCAUGUCUGAAUUCUCAGACACACUCUUUUCCACACUGGCUUCUCAUCAACCUGUAGCAUGGCCCGAUCCGAGGGAAAUUGCCCAUGCAGGUAAUGCAGACAUGAUCCAGCCAGGCCUCAUCCCACUGCAACCCAAUCUGGACUUCAUGGACACUUUUGAGCCUCUGCAAGAUUUGUUUCACACCCUGCGUCAGCCAGCCCUCCCCUCCAUUUCCCCCACUACCCCAUCAGUCACUCCCUUAACCAGCAGCAGCUCCCAAACACAGGCUCCUUUGCUGUCAUCCAUGCCGCUCUCCACAGAGCUUCCCUCUGUGCCACUGGACUACCGUCUCAUCCCCUCUGCUCCAUUGUCCAGCCACCUCUCAGUCUCCAACCAGGACAAUGGUAACGCUGUUGGCCCAUCCUAUCAACAAACCUACAUGCCUCUUUUCCCAGAGCAAGUGACUCCCUCCGUCCCAUCACUCCUGCCACCGCCAGCUCCUCCUCUCCCACCAGCCCCACAAUCUCUUCAGUGUGGAGGUGUUUCUGCAGUUGCUACAGUCCCCCAGCCUGUCCCAAGCAUCCCACCUCCAUCCGUAAUAACGCACACUGCCCCUUCCACAGUAACCCCCACUGAUGCAGCCACUACCUUCAGUCACAGAACAAGCUUUGAGCUGCCUACUGCACCAUCUCCACAGCCUGCAGCCUCAACCUCCACCUCACUCAACUCACAGCCAGUCAGCUUUGCCUUGCCCAAAAACAUUCUGCCCACUGUCUCUAGCAAAAAGACCAGACAUACACGGAGACCGAUUGUCCCGGCCAAUCCGCUGCCAUCUCCUCAACUCAUACUCACAGGUCCCACCAGUGCUGUCAUUGUCACUCCGUCCCCUCUCAACUCGGAUGUUGUCCCCACCACUGGUAUGGUCAUUGCCUCCUCCAGUAUUCCUUGUGGUUCUGCUGGUUUUCAUAUUCUCUCUCAGACACAAAAGUCGCCGCAACUUAUCAUACCCAAAGAAGAAACUACCACCACUAUAUCCACCAAGACAUCAGUGCAGUCAGCAAGUACAGUACAUGAUGCUCGAGUCUCAGGUCAAGGUUCACCAUUGGGAGCAGAACAGGUACCAAGCCCACAGUCACCUCUCAACCCCAGUGCAGGCAUGGGCAAAAAUGAAGGCAGUCAGAGCCGCAGAGUGAAUCACAUAUCUGCUGAGCAGAAGAGGCGAUUCACCAUAAAUGCCUGCUUCAAGACGUUGUGCAAUCUUGUACCAACUCUCAGGUCUCAAUCAAAUAUUAGUAAUGCUGCAACACUUCAAAAAACAGUCGACUACAUUGGCAAACUGCAACUAGAGAGACAACAGAUGCAGGAAGAGACCAAGAGACUACGAGAGGAGAUUGAUGAGCUUAAUACAUCUAUAAGCUUGUGCCAGGAACAGCUUCCUGAUACAGGAGUUCCCAUCACACGCCAUUGCUUCGACCACAUGAGGGAGAAGUAUGACGACUAUGUGAAGAACAGAACUCUGCAGAAUUGGAAAUUCUGGAUAUUUAGCGUCAUUAUUCAGCCUCUGUUUGAGUCCUUUAAUGGGACAGUGUCUACCAACAACAACACAGAGCUAUGUGAAACCACCAUGCAGUGGCUGGAACGAUACUGUACCCUCCCGGUCCUCAGGCCUAUGGUACUCAGGACGUUACGACAGCUCUGUACCAGCACCUCCAUCUUGACUGAUCCCUCUCUUUUGCCUGAGGAAGCUAAAAAGGCUGCUCUCAACCCCAAAAAACAUUCCUCAGGAUCAUAGUUUUAAGUCAGUGUGAUUUGAGUCUUCAAGGACCCUUUAAAGCAACACUGUGGUGGAGUAUUUGCUAUGUUGAGAACACUGAACUCGUUUAACUUCACUCAAACAAGUGGAAAUGCAAUCUCUCUUGUUUACAUGCAGUCUCUAGAGAGCCAUACAGCUGGCAUGUCUUUGUGUUUUUUAGACUUCAUUAGACGUGUGGAUUUUACUGCUCUGUGUUUUUUCGUGUCUUCCAUAUCAGUGCUCUUAUUUUGAAUAUUUAGUGGAGCCUCACCCUCAGUUCAUCCAGAAACUACAGCAACAGUUAAUAAAUACCAGGAUCAAGACUGUUUUUUUAAGUGCAUGGACAAAAAGUAUGAGUAAAAAUUACAAAUUGAACUACAGACAGAAAUUCUUAUAAGUUUUUUAUCGUAAGAUUUAUUGUUGUGCCUUAAUUUAAGUAGAGCUAUAGAAGAAAAGUUUGAGUUAUAGAAGAAUGAAGCCCGGUGAGUUUUAUACUGUAUAGUUUUUCUUUGUUGCCAUCGUUUGUUUUUGUUUUUUGCACGCUAUAGGCUAUUAUUUUAGGCAUAUUAUGAUCAAAACAAAACUUUUAAUAUUUAAUAGGCCUUACAAUAGCAUUUUAUUUUUUCCAUUGGCGAAUGUCUUUGUCAGCCACCUGAGUAUUACAGUUCACCUUAAAUGGCCACAGGUCUAAAUUGUAAGGACAAGUCUAUUGUUACAAAUGAAAAAAAUGAAAAAAACUAUUCACAGUGUACACUGAAUGUUGAUUUGCUCUGUUUUGUUUCUGCAAAAACUGAAUGAACCUUUCCAACGGUGGGCUGUUCCCAGUAAUAAAUGAUUUUGCAUUCAUUUAUA